GGAUAAAGUCCAAUGCGAUAUUUAUAUGCAAGCAAAUGGGAAUAAGGGAUUAUCUCUUAUAUUUUCAUGAUAUCAUAGAAAUCGAAUUUUACAUCAAAAUAAUUUCUGAAAAUAUCAUAUUCCUUAAAUAAUGUCAUAAAGUUUGAAAUUUUGCUUCUUAGAAGCACAAAAGAACGUUUCAGUCCAGCUUUUAAGGACCCAAUAUUCUUGAUCGAGGUUACAUUGUAGCAAAAUGGAGACUGUCGUGUUGGCUAAAAUUGUCGCUUUGGCGACACUUUUGGGGCUUGUUUCUGGUUCUGGGAACCAUUUCAAGGAUGGUGACAAGGUUCCUUUGUAUGUAAACAAGGUGGGACCAUAUUUCAACCCACAUGAAACGUAUCACUACUACCAACUGCCAGUGUGCAGACCAGAAAAGGUUGAAACCAAAAGUCUUACUCUUGGAGAGAUUCUAGAUGGAGAUCGCAUGGCAGAAUCUAUGUAUCAGAUGAAAUUUAAAGAGAACUCAAACAGUGAAGUACUAUGUGACAUGAAGCUCUCUGAAUCAGACCUGAAGCAGCUCAGAGAGGCCAUUGAAGAAUUGUAUUACUUUGAGUUUGUCGUAGAUGAAAUACCAAUCCGAGGCUUUGUGGGUCACUUCCAAGAGAGUGGUUUCAUACCCCACACUCACAAGAUCUACCUCUGGGUUCACCAUCACUUCCACAUAGAAUACAAUGCAGAUCAGAUCAUAUUCGUGAAUGUAACGACGAGAGACAAGCAGCCCCAGAGUCUUGACGAUGUCGAGCCCCCUCUCCAGAUUAAGUUCACCUAUGCUGUCACAUGGCAUGAGUCUAAGAUGAAGUACAGCGAUAGAGGUCUCAAACAGGUCAAGAAUGCCAGCUUCUUCCCAAGAACACUUGAGGUUCAUUGGUUGUCCAUCAUCAACUCCAUGGUCCUGGUAUUCCUUCUUCUUGGUUUUGUUGUCAUUAUACUGAUGCGUGUGUUGAAGAAUGACUUUGCACGAUACAACCUGGACGAUGAUGAAGCUGACGAGUUAGACCAAGAAGAGAAUGGCUGGAAGAUUGUCCACACAGAUGUAUUUAGGUUCCCUCCCUACAAGAGUCUGCUAUGCUCCAUAUUGGGUGUUGGAAUGCAGUUCCUGACCCUAGCUACGUGUCUUAUACUGAUGGCCCUGUGUGGCAUGUUCAACGUCCAUCGGCAUGGAUCAAUGAACACCGCUUUCAUCCUAUUAUAUGCCCUUACCUCAUGUGUAUCCGGCUAUACGGCUAGUAAUAUGUACAAACAAAUAGGAGGAGAGAAUUGGGUGUGGAACCUUAUAUUAACUGCUAGUAUGUUCUCAGUCCCAUCUUUCAUCAUCUGGAGUAUAGUGAACUCUGUAGCAUUGUAUUGGGACUCAACAAUGGCCCUACCCUUCACCACAGUUCUAUUACUACUCAUGAUAUGGAUCUGUGUCGGUUUCCCACUGACCGUCAUGGGAGGCAUCAUGGGCAAGAACAUGGCCGACGGGUUCGACGCACCUUGCAGGACGAAAAACAUCGCAAGGGAAAUCCCCUCUGUGCCCUGGUUUCGCUCCUGGAUCAUGCAUUGCAUCGUGGGUGGAUUCCUGCCUUUCAGUGCCAUCUCAGUGGAGCUGUACUACAUCUUUGCAACUCUGUGGGGUCGUGAGCAGUACACCCUCUACGGCAUUCUGUUUGUAGUCUAUGCUAUCCUGCUGAGCGUGACAGCCUGUAUCUCUGUAGCCCUCACCUAUUUCCAACUGUCCAAUGAAGACUACAGGUGGUGGUGGAGGUCCAUCUUCAGUGCAGGGUCUACUGGUGGCUUUGUAUUCUUGUAUGCCAUCUUCUACUACAACAAGCGCUCCAGCAUGUCCGGGGGGUUGCAGACCAUCGAGUUCUUCGGUUACACGCUUCUCUUCUGCUACAUCUUCUUCCUGAUGCUCGGCACCGUGUCGUUCUUCGGAUCGCUACGCUUCAUCCGUUACAUCUACAUCAACCUCAAGAUGGACUGAGAGGACGAUAUUUGAUUGCGGUCCAUAACUAGUAGAGUAGAGAUAGUUACGCCACCGGAAGUCGUGCUUACUCGUAGAUCAAAUCCUGGAGAACUAAAGUUGUUCCCUCCCAUGAGAAUUGUUUGUGGGGGGGAGCUAUUUGGAACUCCAUGAAUUGACCUUUGAAGCAUGUCAUCAUGCGUGUGUCAAAACUCUCUCUCUCUCAAGAUGCUAUGGUAGGGCCAAAUCAUUGCAUAAAGACCUUGAACCCAUCUUAGUGAUUAGGCUUUGGAGUUGAUCAGGGACCCGUUUCACAAAGCAUUUUUCAAUGACAAUUGACAAAAAUCAGUGACUAAUCUGCUGAUAACCAAUCAGGAGCUAGAAUUUCAGUAGCUUCUAACAAAAUCUGUCAUUUGUCACUGAUGACAAGUUUUGUGAAACGCCCCCCAGGACAAGCAUUACUGCUAAUAUUAUUGGAAUGGUUUGCUUCAUAAAGCUUGGGGACUGCCUAGGGGGUGUAGCAGGUUUGGUUGUUGUGUCGCACAGUUUUAACAGACAUCAUUAUUGAUUGAAAAUUGUGACUAUAAAAUGCUAUUUGGGUAUAAUCGCUUUAGAGAGAGAGAUAGAGAGAAAGUUUUUAGUUGUAAUGUAUCGUGGCUAUUGCCUUAAGAAGAGAAUUGGUGGUGGGUUUCUCUCAGUCUGUCUCUCAACCAUGCUCCCGUCCCCUCUCUCUCUCUCUCUCUCUCUCUCUCUCUCUCUCUCUCUCUCUCUCUCUCUCUCUCCCUCCCUCCCCCCCCCCCCCCCCCCUCUCUCUCUCUAUCUUUCCUUUCUCGCAUGGAAUGAUAGUAUAAUUACAGAAAAAAAUCCAGUGCACUUGUCAUUGCCUUUGAGUUCCUUUGUGAUGUUUAAGGCAAAUAUAAUUCUACACACACAUCCUUCCAUAAAAGAAUAAUAAUGAAAUAAAUUAACCUAUUGCCUGCUGGACCUGAAUGGCUCCUGUAUUAAGUCUAUUGGAAUGAGAGGAAUCCAGUAGUCAACCGGUUAAUACUCCAAUAAUUAUUCCAACAGAGGUUGGUCAAAAUCAUGGACGUAAUUACUAUCAUUUUCUUGCAUGAUCAUGUGUAUUAAAACUCUCCUCUAGUUCUCUUCUUUUUAAAUUCCUCUUCUUACUCUUUCAUUUUUCUUCUCACUUUACCUCCUUUUCAACUCUUUCCAGAUAUAUACUGGGGAAGAAAAUGUAAUAUUUCGGAUACAAGGCUGAGACAUCAAACGUUUUGCGAUACUUUGUCAUAUGUGUUUUUUUAUAAUUCAGUAAAUUCUCUAUAUUAAUUCACUAUAAGUAACAUGUUAUUAUUGAUGUACAAACACUGAAUUUUAUUUAUGUUUGAACUAUUGAUUGAAACAUUCAUUUUUUUUUUUUACUUGAAGUAAAUCACUGUGGUUAAAAUCAGAAAUGAGGAGAUAUGAUUUUAAUGUGCUUGUUUACUUUAUUAUACUUACUAUUUUGUGUAAUCUUUACAUUAUCACUCCUGUUCAUAUUAUCACUAAUUCACUACUUGUUUUAAAGAAGUUCAACAAUUUUUUUUUUUUUUUUUUUUUUUUUUUUUUUUUUUUUUUUUUUAAUGUUGUUGAUGAGAUGGGAUUUGGAUGUAUUUACUAUGUUCAGCAAACCUUUGAAGCUUGUCCAGUAUGCUUUAGUGUGCAAUCAGAAAGUGUGAGCUGCAGAUAUUAUUUUAUUUUUAUUUUUAAUGGCAAAUCCUAGGUAUUUAGUUACUACAUAGACAACAACAAACAAAUGCAAGUUUUGAUUUUCAGCAAAAAGGGCAGCACUUAGCCAUCUAGUCUAA